UGGUACUGGAGGCAAGUAGGACCAGCUCCAGGGGUAAAUGUAAUUGGAAACCAGGGCUUUCACCGUCAUAGCUCAGCUACUUUCCAUUCAGUCUUAGGUGCUUAAUUGAGGAAUAGAGAGGACUCCGGGGUGCCGCCGCAGCAGUGGAGAGAGCCCUGAGGAUUGCUUUACAAAGGAACUCUGACUACCGGGAGGGAAGAAUUUCGCGACUGACACACUUGGGAAAUUAAGGCUUUCUGGUUAAAAAAAAAAUAAUAAACAUUUUUUAAAAAGGGAAAGAAGGAAUAAAGUCACCGACCGCUCAAAGCCGGAGAGACAUUGAUGACUUUGGCUCACUGAUUUCUUCCAAGCUGGGAUUUUUUUCCUUGGAUAUUAAAUUGCAGAUUUGAAGAGAUGACUUUUCUGGCAAUUCAAGUGUUGAUUGGGGCAUUUGUUUAUUCUGGCUGUGUAAAAGGAUCUUCACAGCCUCAGGCAAGAGUUUAUUUAACAUUCAAUGAACUGCGAGAAACCAGGACCUCUGAAUAUUAUAGUCUCUCCCACAAUCCAUUAGACUACAGGAUAUUAUUAAUGGACGAAGAUCAGGACCGGAUAUAUGUGGGCAGCAAAGAUCAUAUUCUGUCUUUGAAUAUCAAUAACAUAAGCCAAGACCCUCUGAGUAUUUUCUGGCCAGCAUCUGCAAACAAAGUUGAAGAGUGCAAAAUGGCUGGCAAAGAUCCCACACAUGGCUGUGGGAACUUUGUGCGAGUGAUACAGGCUUUCAACCGUACUCACCUAUAUGUCUGUGGGAGUGGUGCUUUCAGCCCAGUAUGUACAUAUUUGAACAGAGGACGCAGAUCAGAAGAACAAGUCUUCAUGAUUGAUUCGAAGUGUGAAUCUGGAAAAGGGCGCUGUUCUUUCAACCCCAAUGUAAACACAGUGUCUGUUAUGAUCAAUGAAGAACUUUUCUCAGGAAUGUACAUCGAUUUCAUGGGGACGGAUGCUGCUAUUUUUCGUAGUUUGACCAAAAGGAAUGCAGUCAGAACAGAUCAACACAAUUCUAAGUGGCUAAGUGAACCUAUGUUUGUAGAUGCACAUGUUAUCCCAGAUGGCACUGAUCCCAAUGAUGCAAAAGUAUACUUUUUUUUCAAAGAAAGACUAACUGAUAACAGUGGUUCUACCAAGCAGAUUCAUUCCAUGAUUGCUAGAAUCUGUCCUAAUGACACUGGUGGGCAGCGUAGCCUUGUCAACAAGUGGACCACUUUCUUAAAGGCUAGAUUGGUAUGCUCAGUAAUGGAUGAAGAUGGCACUGAAACUUAUUUUGAUGAACUAGAGGAUGUGUUUCUGCUAGAAACAGAUAAUCCUCGGACAACACUUGUGUAUGGUAUUUUUACAACAUCAAGCUCAGUUUUUAAAGGUUCAGCAGUGUGUGUAUAUCACCUAUCUGAUAUUCAGACGGUUUUUAAUGGACCAUUUGCCCACAAAGAAGGGCCAAACCAUCAGCUGAUUCCAUACCAAGGGAGAAUCCCUUACCCUCGUCCUGGCACUUGUCCAGGAGGAGCCUUUACCCCCAACAUGAGAACAACUAAGGAGUUUCCAGAUGAUGUCGUAACCUUUAUUCGGAAUCACCCCUUAAUGUACAAUCCCAUCUAUCCAAUCCACAAAAGACCUUUAAUCAUCCGGAUAGGCACAAACUACAAAUACACGAAGAUAGCUGUGGAUCGAGUUAAUGCUGCUGAUGGAAGAUACCAUGUCUUGUUUCUUGGAACUGAUCGUGGUACAAUACAGAAGGUUGUUGUUCUGCCUACUAAUAGUACAGCUAGUGGAGAACUUAUUUUGGAAGAACUGGAAGUCUUUAAGAAUAAGGCUCCUAUUACAACAAUGAAAAUUUCAUCCAAAAAGCAACAGCUCUAUGUAAGCUCCAAUGAAGGGGUUUCCCAAGUGUCUCUACAUCGUUGUCACAUCUAUGGGACAGCUUGUGCUGACUGCUGCCUAGCAAGAGAUCCUUACUGUGCUUGGGAUGGCAGUUCUUGCUCCAGAUUCUAUCCAACAGGGAAGAGGCGGAGUCGCAGACAAGAUGUGAGACAUGGUAAUCCAAUGACUCAGUGCAGAGGAUUUAAUCUAAAAGCAUAUAGAAAUGCAGCUGAGAUUAUUCAGUAUGGAGUAAAAAAUAACACCACUUUCCUUGAGUGCACUCCCAAGUCUCCACAGGCAUCUAUCAAAUGGCUGUUACAGAAAGACAAAGACAGAAGGAAAGAGGUCAAACUUAACGAAAGAAUCAUUGCUACUGAACAAGGACUCUUAAUCCGUUCUGUCCAAGAUUCUGACCAAGGACUGUACCAUUGCAUUGCAACAGAAAACAGCUUCAAACAAACAAUAGCCAAGAUUAACUUCAAGGUCUUGGACUCAGAGAUGGUAGCCUUUGUGACUGACAAGUGGUCACCCUGGACCUGGGCCAGCUCUGUCCGGGCAUUGCAAUUCCACCCAAAGGAUUUUGUGGGAGCAUUCAGCCAUUCAGAAAUGCAGAUGAUUAAUCAGUAUUGCAAAGACACCAGGCAGCAGAGUGCCUCUCCACAGGGAGAUGAAUCACAAAAGAUGAGAGGGGACUAUGGCAAAUUAAAAGCACUCAUCAAUAGCCGAAAAAGUAGAAACAGGAGGAAUCAGUUACCUGGAUCAUAA